AAGAAUUGGCCAACAACUGCCAUCUACUACUUGGAUAGUCACAUAAAGAGGAGAGGGCAGACUGCGUUGAAUUUUCCCGUCCGUUUUCUCUCAGAAGGCGGGACCCGUUCCAUUGCCAUUACAUGCUGUUGUAUCGUGCAUUUCCUCGUUGUGGUAACAGCACAAGGCAUGGCUUCAGAGACGUCGCCCGGGACCGCGGCCUCUACAACAUCCGACACACUGGCGACCUAUGUUACAGACUAUCGCAUGGAGAAUGGACGAAGAUAUCAUGCAUAUGCUGACGGAGAGUACUGGGGUCCAAACGAUGAACAGUCUACCGAGGCCGAAUGCCUAAGUCAUGCCAUGUAUUUGGAGACUCUUGGUGGGGAGCUGCAUUUGGCGCCUGUCAAAAACCCGCGAGAAAUCCUGGACGUCGGGACUGGCACGGGCAUUUGGGCAAUCCAGAUGGCCGAUAAGUUUCCCGAGGCCCAAGUCACCGGAACUGAUUUAUCGCCAAUUCAGCCCGACCUUGUCCCUUGUAAUUGUGUGUUUGAAAUUGAUGAUGCUUCGUUAGAAUGGACUUGGGAGGACAACCAUCUCGAUUACGUCCAUGUUCGCGAGAUGUUUGGUUCUAUUCGUGAUUGGGAUCUAUUCUUCAGUGAAGCUCUAAGGUGCAUCGUGCCUGGCGGUUAUGUCGAGAUCAUGGAGCAUUCGACUUGGCCGGUUAGCGACGAUGAUACGUUAGGCCCCGACCACUUCUUCAAUACUUGGGGACGAACGAUUGAAGAGCUGGGCGGCAAAUGGGGCAAGUCAUUCAAUACCUGGAAAGAAAGUAAGGCUCUACUGGAAAAAGCUGGUUUUGUUGAUGUUGUCGAGAAACGCUUCAAAUGGCCAAUGAACGGCUGGUCGCAAGAUCCUGCGCUCAGACAUCUUGGAGAACUCAAUCGCGUUCGUCUGGUAGAACAUAUCCAAGGCUUUACCAUGAGGUUGUUGACCACCGCUGGCAAGUGGCCACUGCCUCGUGCACAUAUCUUUCUAGCCGAGAUGCGGAAUGCACUAAAAGACCUUGGUUGCCAUGCUUACCAGGAUCGGCGCUACACUGAACCUACUGGACAACUUAACACGCCCGUCUGGCAGCUAUCAUGUGUGCAACAGAACCCGCAAGGCCCCACGACUAUCGUUACAGUCCAGCGUGAUACUUUGGAACAAAAUUCUGAUCGCAAAAGUACUGGCACCGAGGUUCCGGACGCAGACCUAGCAUCGAACUAG